GGCGUGGCGUCGACGUCCAUUGUCCCAACUGUACUGAUGGUGCAUCACUUCGACAAGUACCGAGCAACAGCACUGGCCCUCGUCAGCGGAUCAGUCGACGUCUCCGGCAUGAUGACUCCUUCGCUAGUUCAGCUCUUCAUCGACAAGUACGGCUUCUCGGGCUGCCUCCUUCUGCUGGGUGGCCUCUCUCUCAACCUCUUCAUAGCCUGCAUAUUUCUGAAGCGGCCGCGAAAGGAGCCGGAUGACGGCACCGGUGAGACCGGAGCUGACGCGUGCACGGAAGGUGAAACCGUCAAAGCACCGGGCGAAGCAACAUCGGCGGCUGAGCGUCUCGAGUUGAAGGAGCCGGGAAGCGGGCGCGGAGACCACUCCCUUGGAGAGGGCGGUGCGGCAAUUCCCAUGUGGCAGCCCAGUCGGGGAGAUGUGAGAGCGUGGCUCAGGAACACGGUAUCCCUCGCCAUGGUUCACGUACGGCCGUCGCAGAACCGCCACGGCGACGUCGACGCGCGCACCGUCGAAGAAUCGCCUGCUAAGACUAUGCACGCCAAGGCCGACAUGGUUAACCGAGUCUCCUCGCUCAAGCUCUACAAAAAGUUCAACGAAAGUGCAGUCAGCGGCAGCGUCGAGAUUGCCGGCUUCAAGUCCGACAAAGAAGGCGUUCAACUUGAGAAAGCCUCUGACUCUCCAGGGAUUGAAGAACACCACGAAAUUUCGCCCGAGAGGGACGUCGGCGACCAAGACAGGAGCAAAGGCGCCGUGGGGGGAACCUUCGGGUUCGUGCACAAGCUUCGGGCGGUGUCCACCGGGUACAUCUGGAUGGUGUGCAUGUCCAAAGGGGCGUCCAACUUCUCCUCCUACACGUUCGGCCUGGUGAUCGUGGACUACGCACACGAGAGCGGAGUGCUAGGCCAGAGGGCCGCCCUGUUGCCGGCACUCUUCUCAUUGGGCUGCCUCGUGGCGACCUUGACGACGGGACCCGCCGUCGACCGCUCAUGGGUCUCCAAGUACUCAGCCAUGAUGCUCAGCUGCGUCAUCCAGACUUGCGCCCUAACUGCCUCGAGCGUGUGGAGGUCCUUCCCGGUGCUCGCCCUGUGCGCAUUUCUGGGGGGCGUCGGGCGCGGCGUCCGUUGCUUCCUGUUUCCCGUUCUGAUCUCGGACCGCUGCUCACUGGACGACCUUCCUGCCGCUCUGUCCUAUCAUGAACGCCGCGUGCAGCGUCGCUCUGUUUCUCAGGACUCCGGUCAUCGGCUUCAUGCGGGACAGCAGCGGAACGUACGCGACGCUUCUAAUGUGUCUAGCAGGCAUCAAUGUCUUCCAACUAGUGGUCUGGUUCAUUUACACUUCCGUGACGAGGUGUUACUCGAGAUGAGACGGAAACUCUGGAGGCUGGGGUGAGAUUCGUGAGAAAAUCUCAAGCAAGGUGGUUCAUGAAAAGCCCCAGUUUCUUCAACGGCAUCGGUUGAUCGACGAAAACUUUCAUAAUGCCGUCACUGAGCCCGCUUCAACUGUCUCGUAAUAAACAC